AAAAAAAAAAAAUGCCGAACAAUAUUACAUUCCAUGUGUAAUUUUUAAAAAAACAAUAACGAUUAAUUGCGGGAGAGAACACGCGUUGAUUAUUAAUUUAUUUAAAUUUGAAAUGAUGAACAGCUCAAAGCUGGAAGUCCAGUGGUCUCCAGUUCAUUCAAAUAAAUUUAUCACCUGGGGAACGGAAAUAUGUCUCUAUGAAGUUGCUGAGUUUAAAGACAAUGAUAAGCAAUCAUGUAUUAAAAUAUCGGACUCAACGAUAGCCCAGCUACUGGCAACAAAUUCAAGUCAUCAUUAUGUUAAGUGUGUUGAUAUUUAUCCGCAAUCAGAACCGGAUAUUUUGCUGGCAGUGGGUCAAGCUAAUGGGAAAAUAGUGUUGACAACUUUUGGGCCAACGGCUUUCGACUCCCUCAGUUUAACGGGAAAGGAAUUGGCACCGAAACAUGCGAGACAAUGUAACGCAGUGGCAUGGAAUCCGGCAGACCCAAAUUUGAUAGUCUGUGGUCUUGAUAAAUAUCGUACAGAUCAUUCAAUUCUUCUGUGGGAUGUUUUGAAAUCUCCUUCGGUAACUGAUCGUGCCCAUCACCACACUGUCAAUCAACCGGAUUCAAUAAGACCGCUGUCAGAGGCUGGAGUAUCUGAAACAACACAUUCACUUUCUUGGUUCAACAAUGAGACGCGGUGCCUGGUUGCCGGCGUAAAUAAUAAGCAAUUAAAGAUAAUUGACUUUCGCGACUCUGCUAAAACUGUAAAUACCACAGCUACAAAGGCUGUUUACAGUGUGGCAGUAAAUCCACAUAAUGUUUGUCAGCUGGUUUCUCAUGUCGACAAUCAAAUCACCAUCUGGGACACGCGUUACUUUGAGAAGCCGAUGCUGACGUUGCCGCAGACUCGGCAGAUAAACAAAGUCCUGUGGUGUCCAACGCGACACAAUCUCUUGGGAUCUUUGCAGAAAGAUUCAGCAGUAUUAUAUUUGCAUGAUAUACAGCACAGCGGGGUCGGAAGUGGGGAAGAUGCUGAGCCGGGAGCUUUAGAACGGAUGGUAACUCCUUGGUCAACACCUGGUACCAAUUGGACGGGCAUCAACAGUUUUUCCUGGCAUCCUACUCAUGCCAAUAGACUACUGACGAUAUCUCCCCAAGGAAUUACCGACUACACCGUCUACGAAAGAGUCACCGUUAACUGGUCCACAAGAUCUCAUUUGGUGUGGAAUCAUGCUACCAAAGCUCUCAAAUAUAUAUCAAGCAGUGAUAAUGUAUAUAAAUCUCUAGAUGACAUUUCUAUUCUUACAAAGCGACGUGCUCUUGCUAAUUACGGAUUACUUCCUGAUUUAUCGCAGAAUGGUGAAGUAGCAGAAAACGAAACGCUAAAAAAUUUAUGGCAGUGGUUAUGUUUAAGUAGGUCAUUAGUCGAAGACGGAAUAAUUCCGUCAAUUUACAAUUAUCAUCCUGGAGUAAGAACAGUCUUGAGACUGGACGGUCAGAAUGGCGGCAAUGGAUUAUUUAUGAAGUCUGAGUUAAUAAAUCGACCGUGGGUUGAUAUUGGAUCGAGUCAUACUGCUAAAAUUUAUCGAUCGACUGAUCGCGACAAAGCCCUCCAGCUUUGCGGCUGGAGAUUCGACAAGGACUCGAAUGCUACGUACAAUAAUUUAUUUCUCGAGCGGCUUGAACGAGAAGGACAGUACGCACGUGCAACAGCAAUAUCUGUAUUUAAUUUAUCUUUAAGACAAGCCAUUGAUAUUUUGAAUCGCGGUGCCAGCAAAAUGUCAAUGGCUACAAAUUUACACAUCGUAGCAAUGGCACUGUCAGGAUUUUCAGAAGAUAGAAAUAGCAUGUGGCGAGAAUUGUGUUUGAAAUCACGAUCUCAAUUGUCAGAUCCUUAUCUUAGGGCAACUUUUGCAUUUCUAACAGCUGACAAUGACUCGUAUGAAAAUGUACUUAAUGAAAAUGGUGUUGCUGUUGAAGACAGAGUCGCGUUUGCUUUGAUGUUUUUAUCGGACAGUAAAUUAUGUGAGUACUUGAAAAAGUUAACAGUUAAAUUGAGCGAAGAGGGUGAUUUGGCGGGUUUCCUACUUACUGGAGCAACAUCUGACGGCAUUCAGCUGCUGAACCGUUACCUAGAAAUUACUGGUGAUGUGCAGAGCUGUAGUCUCAUUGCUAUUCGCGCAUUACCGGUUAAAUUCCGGCAGGAAAAUCAAGUCCAGGUUUGGAUAGACAGUUACAGAGAGUUGUUGGAUGCCUGGAAGAUGUGGAACCAACGCGCGCACUUUGAUAUCGCAAUGAGAUUGCCCUCCACCGACAAACCACCUCAGCAAGUCUUCAUAUCAUGCAACUUUUGCGGCAAAAGCAUAUCAGCAUUCAUGCAAAAUCUUAGUCGGACACGUGGACCCUUCAGUAGACUCGUUAAUAAUUCAAACCAAUUAAAAAUAUCAUCAUGUCCGAACUGCCGCAAGCCACUUCCGAGAUGUGACAUCUGUCUGAUGCACAUGGGCACCCCCAGUGGCAUCCGGGCAUUGGCUGGGAUCUCAUCAAGAAACGACGAUGACAGCAAACUCACGGAAUUCGGAAGCUGGUUCACGUGGUGCCAGACAUGCAGACACGGCGGACACACUGACCAUAUUACUCACUGGUUCCGUCAGCACACAGAGUGUCCGGUUACCUCUUGUAGCUGUCGCUGCUUUUCUCUAGAUGCCUCUUUUAAUGUUUUCGUUAACGCGACAUAAGUUAUAGUUUUUUAAAAUGAACAAUGUACAAAUUUUGUAUUUUAGUAAAUUAACAAUCAUGCAAUUUAGUUUGUAUUGAAAUUUUUUAUGUUAUCAUUCCCAAAAAUAUAUUGUACAUUUUUUUCAA